AGGCUUAGUAGACACCGUAGAAGAAGAAGAGUGUUCGCUGGAGAAGAGAAGCGAGCAUGGCAGGAAAUAUCACCAACACCACUGGUCCAAUAACCAGCUGUCUUUCUAAACUACAGUCUAUUCAUGGGCUGUUUGCAAUAUACAAAAAGAAAGGACCGACGUCUGCGGACGUCUUAAACACGCUGAAAGUAACUUUACUCAAAGGUAAACAUAAGAGGUUAUGGAGAUAUUGAGUGCUUAUCUGAGACAGUGAGAUGUUGAUGUCAUUUUACUUUUCCAUUUUCAGAAGCAGGAGAGAAAAACCCCAACCCGAGGAAGAGGAAGAAGCAGAGCCUGAAGAUGGGGCACGGAGGGACUCUGGACAGCGCUGCCUCUGGGGUGUUAGGUGAGCAUCCACGUGCUGCUGCUGCUGCUGUCCUCUCAGGUGUGGCUGGGGCAGAAAAGCUCCACAGAAACACUUGAUGUGUCUGUGGCAUGGUUCCCACAAGUCCAGGGAAUCUGCUGAACAUUUUCCAGACAUGGGAAACGCAUCAAACCGAGAGAAAGAACCUCAUGCUGCCCUGAAAAUUUCUCCUGAUUUUCAUAUCAGAACUGAUCCCAAAACAGAUGACAUUCUCAUUAGAGAAGGCUAAAUGAUGUUAAAGAUCAUCUCAAGUGGUGAUAGUAGUUUGGUGGGCAGCGUAAAGACCAGGCCUCAUGCUGUAAACACCAGGAUGGAUGAUAUUGAGGUAGCAUUAAAACGGUGGUGAAUGAUGCCUUAAGGAAUGUCAGAUAUCUCUCUCUCUCUCUCUCUCUCUCUCUCUCUCUCUCUCUUUCUCACCCUCCUUCUCUACUCUCUCUCCCUCCCUCUCCCUUGUUCUCUUUCUCUCCCCCUGCCCUCUCUCCGACUCCUCUCUCUGGCUGUCUAGCAUGAGUCUGGUCCUUCCCAAGGUUUCUGCCUGUUAAAAGGAAGCUUUUCCUCGCCACUGUCACUCACGUUAGAUGAGAUUGGCCAAAUCUAUCCCAUCUUAGGUUGGGUCUUGAUAAUUCAUCAAACACUGAGCGUGGCCUAGACCUGCUCUUUUUCUUUGGAAAGCGUCUUGGGGUGACGACUGUUGUGAAUUGGCGCUGUAUAAAUAAAAUUUGAUUGAUUGAUUUGAGAUAUAUUAUUGUAUGUUCUGAAGAAUGUGAGUGUCAGGCUAACUGCUGACUGUCAUUGUUUUACAUGUGUAGAUCAACAUUGCUUGAUUCUCGUGAAAGUUAAACAAUGUGAAAAUUGACCGUAUGGUUGUUCCAGUUCUAUUAAGGCUGGAUGAUGAAUCAAAUUUUAACUUUGAUUACAAUUUUGGCUCCCAGUGAUCAUAAAACCAAGAAAAUGUAGACUAGUUGAUUACUAUGCUGCAUGCUGUAUUGUGCUUGUUUGGUCCCUUUGAACCCUUUUUUUCAUUCACAGCAGAGCACAAAGCAGAGGUGUUUAUUGUUUUGAUUGUAGUGAUAUGAGUUACCUGGGUAAUCUGUCCCACCCUUUUUGUAGCCUCUAGAAUAUGACUGGUUGGCUGUAGCUGCAACACCAGUACCUUGCAGAACAAUCCAGGCUAAGAUGCUUAAGUCCAAAUGCUCUGAGCAGUUGAAACAUACACUGAACAAACUAGUGUGUUGUAUUUGGCAGUGUUACUGGUCGGUUGUUGUUGUGGUGUCCACCCACAGAGGAUACAAGCAGGAUUUGAAUAGAUUCAUUCCUUAUCACCACUAACAUAUUCUCUUUUCAGUUGUUGGUGUUGGGAACGGCACAAAGAUGCUCAGCACGAUGUUGGCUGGUUCGAAGGUCAGUCUCUACAGUAAAGUUUGUCAAUUUAAAAAUCAAAAAUCUUAUCAAUGAGACUUACUGCGACCCGUUUGCACUCUAAAUCAAAGCCUGACCAUGUGGACAUGCUUUUAUUUCAUCAAAAAGAACAAUUGUGCAGAAAACUGGACAUUGUGAGUCUGGAUUAUGUUUCUGUUUAGUUCUCUUGUUGAACUUGUUGUUGUAAGACACUCUGGGGGCUGUUUUGGCCCCUCAUCAGCUGUGUCCCUGCCACAAGACUGAAAAGUAUACUGUCUGGGUAGUGCCUGAAAGAAUUUCAUAGUAAAAGCCCGGUGUGUUCUUUUUGUGGAGAGACUACCCUUGUGAUCACACAAUGCUUUUACUUUAAAGAUGUAGUGCUGAUUAAUUGUUAAAAAAGUGACUUUCACAGGAUAAAUAUUUGGCAUAGGAACAUAAUCCCAGUUAAUCUUGCAUUGAUUAUAUUUCACAGCAGAUUAAAUGUCUCUUCACCUUUUCUGGUAAAGAUUAAAUCCUGAUGAGUUAUGAAGCCUUGACAUUUGAAUAAAAGGUAGUUUAUGGUCUUAAAUUGGGUUAAAGUUUAUAGAGAAACAAGGCUGGAAGCAGCAACCGUGGCAACUGUUACUGGAACCCUGAUUUGUCCUUGUAGAUUUUUAUUAAUUAACUGGAUCCACAUGUUAAUAUAAGGCAUACAAGUUUGUACAGCCUUUAUAUUCUUUGGCUUUGCAAUAUUGUCAAAUUAAAUCUAUUAUGUUGGUGUUGAGAAUGUAUAACACAAACAUUUGGUAUAGUCUUUGGGAAAAAUCAAACUUUCCUUUUUACAAAUCAUCAAAAUUGAUUGUCGACUUAAGAAAGACAGAUCCAUGCACAGUUUUGCAUUGUUUUAACACUCUUUUAUAUUUUGCUGUUUUUCUUCCAGAAAUACGUUGCAGUGGGUGAACUGGGAAAGGCCACAGACACUCUUGAUGCCACCGGCAGUGUGGUUCUGGAGAAAGAGUUUGGUAAAAACUGAAGCCCUUUUGACAUAAAUUCAUCUGUGUAGUCCAGCAGUCUGAUUUGUAUUUAUCCCAUCUGUGCAGUUUGUGUCAGAUGAAGGGUUUUAUUUGUCCUUGUUUCUGCCCACAGAGCACAUCACCAGAUCAGACUUUGAAGAGAAGUUAAAGGGAUUUACUGGAGAUAUCAUGCAAGUUCCUCCACUGUGAGUAUAAUCUGAACCUGAGAAAUAGUCAGUCUAGGUAUUGAACACAUCAGGUCAGGGUUUUAUAAACUUUCCCCCUGAUUGUAAGCCUGUUUCUGUUUGCGUCAGUCUUUGCAACGAAGAGUCACUGUUGCUCCAAAAGUCCUGUGACCUGUCUCCUGUCAUCUCAGCUACUCAGCUCUGAAGAAAGACGGCCAGCGUCUGUCUGUCCUGCUGAUGAAAGGUGAAAAAGUUGAAGCCAAACCAGCCAGACCAGUGACUGUGUACAACCUGACCCUGCAGGAGUUCAAGCCUCCCCACUUCACUCUGGGUUAGCUGAAGUUGUUUUAUGAUCUUCAUUCUUCUUUUCUCAAUGCAAUACUCACUGAUGAUUCUCCUGGAAUAUAAAUGUAGUUCUGCUGUCUUUAUUUAGUCCAGGAGUUUAAAAUUGUGUGUCUCUGUCUCAGAUAUCGAGUGUGGAGGAGGAUUUUACGUUAGGAGCUUGGUGGACGAUCUGGGAAAAGGUGAGACUGACUCAGGAUCAAUGAGAACCUCUUAUGACUCUGAACUCUGACAUUAACCUGUCCGUGUCCUGCAGCUCUGUCAUCCUGCGCCCAUGUGAAGGAACUGACCCGGACCAAGCAGGGCCAGUUCACCCUGGAGGAGCACGCUCUACCCGAGGAGCAGUGGACGCUCGAGCACAUCCUACGGACUCUGCAGCCUUGCGUCGAGGCUGAGCCGGGUGGGAAGAAACCACCAAAGGCUGAUACCUGAGAGUCAAAAUGGUAAUUCAUCCAGGGAGAGAGAGAGAGAGAGGAGCGGGACUGCAUGAUGAGCUGAGAUAAAAGUCAAAGCACUGCUGUUUGAAGCUCAAUGGACCUUAUGAUUUCAUGUCAUUUUGUUUUAUUACUGCUCUCCGAUGAUAUCCCAGGCUGAGUUUGAUUUGUAAAUAAUUCUGUAUUUAGAAAUAACAGACCCUCUCCACACUGAACCCCAGCUUCUGUUGCCAUCUGUUUAAAUCCCUCCUGGCGCUGCAGGACACAGUGACCAAAAAGUGAACAUUCAGGAUUUAUUUUUACUGAAUUAAGAUUACAAUAUGUGCUUAGGAAGACCACUGCCAUACACUUUGUAUCAUUAUUUUUUAUACUGUGAAGAGAAUGUGAUAUUUUAUGAUACAUUAUUGGUACUCAAAUUAGUGUCUUUGAGCCUCAACCCUCCAAAUAGCUCUGUAAGUAUUUUCUUGAUAUGUGGUAUUUUUAGUGAGCACAUAUCUGAAGUGCUAUUUCCAACAGUAUAGAGACAGCUGAAUGUUUACGACACAUCUCUGCACCUUUUUAUUGAAAGCACAGUGUGAAGUAAAGGGGAAUAUCUAGUGAUAGAUGGUCACUUACAUCACCCCUGCUCACCCCUCCCAUCACUGCAGCAAUGGUGGCCGUAAAGGUCUAGAAGCUCCUGUGAUGCCUGAUAAAUACCCUUCAUUUGUUGAAUUUUUACCAUCAAAAAUGUCUACCUAUAUGAAUUAUUCAAUACACCACAAAAAAACACAUUCAUUAGUAGUUUGUCCUCUUUGAGCCAUUGUAGAAACAUGGCAGUGCAAGACGGUAAGGGGCCCAUUCCUUGUAUAGAUAGAAAGGGCUUGUUGUAAGAUAAUAAAAAGAAUCAAUUCAUAACCAGGUAAUUAUACACUAAUUUAGAAAAAUUUAUAGAUAAGAUAUUUGAUUUCUAAAUGAGUAAAUGCCACGAAAACUUCCCACUGCACCUUUUAAAGCUGUAAGCGAUGAACAGAUCACUGCACCUGUGCUUGCCUGUAGCAAGUCAAAUCAAAUGAAAUAAACUUUAAUUCUCUGCUGUGAAAUUCA